UAGAGUAGCGCGCGUUCCCUCAAAAUAUUUUCCGAUUAUUUUCGAAAAGAAAAACUCGACGUGGGACAACGAACUGUUUACGAAUUUACGUUAUAAUCCUUAUAUUUUUAUUCUGGCGAAAUCGUCGAGUGGUUUUAUAUUAUAUGCGAGCUCAAUCUGUGAACUAAGCAAACGGAACUAGUGUGUCGGUGUAAGGUGAAAGUUACGGUGUGAAAAAGUGUGGCUUUAUCUUAAAAACAGCUGAUUUCGAAUUUUGAGAUUUUUAAAUACUGGUUUACCUACAGUGAUGUGAUAGCAUGUGACGUGAUCGGCGCCCGCGCGGAUGGCACAGCGCGCACAGUGAAAGCAACAUGGUCGGCGCAAGAUGGCGGCAGUGGGUCGCGGUGCUCGCGCUCCUCGUGCCUGUCAUACAUGGGUACGAAGAGAUAUACACGAUAUCACAGCUAUCACCAAAAUCAGUAGUCGAUGAAAAGCUACAAAAAGAUUUACUACAGACGAGUCAAUUAGAAAAAAUAGCUUUUAGUUUAGAACCUAGUGCCAAAUAUGACGACAUCGAAGUAAAACCAGAUAACUUAGCUGAAGAUGUGGAGAAAGAGAAACAUGUCGUAAUAGAAAGAUCAGCGGAACCAAACAGAGGCCCCAGAUCAAUUAACGUAGCAGAACUUCCAGUAUCUAAUAACAACGAAAUAGACAACGAUUUAGAAAUACAUAACAAAAGAAAAUACUAUGAAAUACUACCGACAAAAACGCUCGAUCAUCUAAAGGAAGAAGAAGCGAUAUUGAUGUCAUCCGGUUUCGGUGACAAGCUAGAUUUUAAGUUUCCGGGGGAAGGCAAGAGGGCUCCGAAGGGGCGUGCACUAGCACCUACGGGGCCCAAAAUCCGACCUACUGCGGUGCAACCAAUCUUCUCGACAGCGACCCUUAGAGAAGGUCGUCAGAAUAGUGAAAUACAAAAUAUAAUUACGGGUAUCGUCAAGUUGUUAAAUGGAAACGUCAAUGUCCAAGCGAACACCCAGCUCAACGGAAGACGGCCGAUGGCUUCUAGAAUUAAUAAUCGUGGACCACCUCGUAUUACAGAACUACCACUUCCCGAAUACGACAAACCCAUUACGAUGCCUCCUCAUUCAUUCCCACCAACUAAAACACCACCUCCUUACCCCUUCGAUUUACCUCAUGGUGUCAAUUUACCAGAUCAAAUUGUACCACCACUGAACAAUCGACCUGGCUACUACCGACCUAUUCCUCCAUGGCAAAGGCGUCCGCGACCACCCAAUCGUAGGCCAAACCCAAAUCUUCCGUUCUAUAAACCUACACUUAUUCCGCCACCGGAACACCCAGACUUGAAUGAACCUCAAGAUGAGCUCACUAUUAAUGAUAAUUUCACACAUUUUGAAAAUACCAUACAUCACGAGGAGCUGAUAACCGAGACAACAACAGAAUCAAAGAAUCCGACAGAAGAAAACGAAAAAGAAACACAACCAACAACUGUUGCUGAAACUUCAACAUCCACCAUGACAUCUACCUCAUCAGCUCCAUCAACAACACCACCCACAACCACAUCCAGCACAACAGAAUCGACUACAAGUACAACCACAACGACCACAGAGAAACCCACAGACACAACUACACAAAAGACAACAACGACUGAGAAACCAAAGACUGAAAAACCCUCCAAGUUAGAAAAAGAAAAGAAAAAGGACACAUUUAUUUCUGAGAAAGACAAACUGAAGUAUAAAAUUACUGAUGACAAGCCAACGGAAAAACCAACCAAUAACGAUACCUCAGCGGCUCCAUCCAUAGAAGCUUCAGUUACAGAAACCUCCCCGAGUAUACAGCUCAUUUCAACUCCAACGCCAACAGAGGGAUUAAUAUCUUUCGUCCCUGCGCUCGAAGGAUCAACAAACAUUGACGUGGAUAUUAAAACGUCGGCCAUAAACACUCAACCACUGCCAACGUCUCAAAUACCGCACCCAUACAGACCACGGCCAGGUAUAGUCCUGGACGAUACCGACUUUAAGCCGCAUGGGACGAGAUAUCGGCCAGAGGCAUCAGUCAUAACGGCCGCAGAGACGAGACUACCACCAGGCUAUGGAGAAAUAUUUGACGUGACUGUCUCUGCUAUCCAAGGACCUGGAGAGAAGGGAAAUUCAGUGCACAUAGAACAUAUUAACAUCCACCCACAUAAUCACGAUGACAUCAUCGUGUCCCCAUCAGGAGACCAAGGAUUUGUGUCCAUUGAUGGAAAACGAACCUACCUCAACCUUUUCGAUACAUCAACUCCUUCUAUAACCCCUACAAAAGUACAGAGUGUACCUCAUCAUACAGCCCCACCUCCAUCAUCCUUAGGACCAACUCUGGGCACGGGAGUAGCUAUACCAGCUGAUGAUAUUAUACCGCAACCACCUGUGAGAAGACCACAACCGGUGCAAAGACCGCAACACACGUACAGAAGACCACAGCCUACAGUCAGAAUCGACACUUGCAUUGUCGGAGACGACUCUACCUGCGAUCAGGCACAGAAUGAAAAAUGCAGAACUGAAGCAGGUAUCUCUUCCUGCCAAUGUCGUCCGGGCUACGCGCGGCGCGUGCACCGCGACCCGUGCCGGCGCGUCGUCUCGUUGCUGCUCAGCGUCAGAGUCGACAGACUGUAUGAUAGAAAGGUAACCUGGGACGUGAAGUUAGCUGACAAGGAGUCGGAGCCGUACCAGCAACUCAGUUAUGAAGCAGUCCGCGCUAUCGACUCAGCGUUCUCCAUGACUCCGUUCUCUGACGACUUCGUGAGCGGCGCCGUCAACUCCGUGUACCGGGACGACCAGGACAACAGAGUCUUCGUCAACUACACCGUACUGAUGCAAGAAACAGCAGAAACAGGUCGUCCAGCGGUGGGCGUUGAGAUCCAGAAGCACUUGCUGGGCGUGAUCCGGCGGCGCUCCAUGAACGUGGGCGUGUCCGCCAUGUGGGUGGACUCGCCCGCCGGCAGCGUGCACGCUCCUACUGACUUAGACGAGUGCGCAUCACCUGACCUGAACGACUGCCACCAGCUGGCUACCUGUAUCAACACAUGGGGCGCCUUCAGAUGCGUAUGCCCGGACACGACGCUGGACGCAGCGAGCGCGGGGGGCGGGGCGCUGAGCGGGCGCGUGUGUCGCGCGUGCUCGUCCGCGCACUGCAGCGAGCGCGGCGUCUGCCGGUACGCCAACGGUCAGCCGUACUGCACUUGCACGUCUGGCUACUACGGAUCGACGUGCGAGGUGGACGGCGAGGUGGUGGGCGUGGCGGUGGGCGCGUCGCUCGCCGCCGCCCUCGUCAUCGCGCUCACGUUGGCCGCACUGCUGUCUUGGAGUCGUAAAUGGUCUCGCGAGCAGAAGAUCGGCACGGGGUCGCCCGUGUUCAACUACAUGGCCGCCAACACCAUCAAGACGCCGCCCGUGGGCGGACCGCCUUACCAGGUAACUCUGGAGGAAAGAAUGCGAUGGGCGCAGAUAGCUGAAGCGAUGGCGCAAGCGAAUCAGCAUUACGCCCAGCCGGACGCGCUGGGCGGUAUGUCGACGCGGCCGUCGUCCGCCAUGUUCGGCGGGUACCCCUCUCUGCCGCCGCCUGUGCCGCUGCCCAGGAUGAUGCACGGCCACCACACGGGCACGCUGAACACCGUCAACUCGCGCGCCAACACCGCCGCCAGCCAUCACAACCUAUACGGAUACUCUAAGCACAUGGCAUCAGAGUCGAGCUCAGAGGCAUCCAGCCACGUGCAGGACCGCGCCGACUUACUGGUGCCACGACCCAAGUCGCGCUCCAGGAGUAUGCAUAACCAGACGGGAAUCUACUACGACGUGGAGUACGAGAACGCGCCGGAACCGAUAUACGGCUCCAAGGGCAUACCGCUCUCCACAUACACCGUGUCCCGCGGACCGCCCUUCUACAGGACAUAGAGAAAAUGAUUCCUAGGAAGAUGACAGACCUACGUACGUCACUUG